UCAAGAUGGCGGCCACCGGUGGAGUCACGACAGGCGGAGACGGCGACAAAGAUUUUCGGAGUGAAAUUGAUGCCUAUGGCUUCCAGAGACCGGAUGACUUUGACUAUGACACCUACGAGCAGUUUAUGUCGCAGUACCUCAGUGUCUUGGCUCGGCGGGCGGGCAAAUGGAGCAAGUUCAUGGACGGAAAGAAAAAGGUCAAAAAGUCAGCCAAAGUUAAAAGAUAUAUCCGGAAGGGCAUUUCCAACGAAUACCGGGGAGUAGUGUGGAUGUACAUCAGUGGAGCUGAGAAGAUGAAAGCAGGGAAUCCUGGCUUGUACCAGAGGCUGCUGGAGGGUCCCAAGGAUCAAGAGCUGAUGGAGGUCAUCAAAACUGAUCUUCACCGAACAUUCCCCGAAAACAUCCACUUCUGUAAUGACUCAACGGUCAGCAAGAGAGCCUCACUGCAGAACGUGCUGGUGGCCUUCUCCCACCACCACCGGGCGGACGGCUACUGCCAGGGCCUAAACUUCAUUGUCGCCCUGAUGCUCCUGAUUGUCAGGGACGAGGAGAGCUGCUUCUUCCUCCUGGAGACCCUCGUCAAGAGAAUCUUGCCAGCCUACUACACCCGGCAGAUGAACGGUCUGAAGAUUGACCAGGAGGUGCUGGGAGAGCUGGUCAAGCAGAAGCUGCCCGAGGUCAGCCGGCGGAUCGAGGCGGAAUCGGUGCCCUGGUCCAUCCCCACCACCAAGUGGUUCAUCUGUCUCUUCCUGGACGUCCUGCCCAUCGAGACUGUCUUGCGGAUCUGGGACUGCCUCUUCUACGAGGGCUCCAAGAUUCUCUUUCGGGUCUGCCUGAGCCUAAUCAAGCAGAACCAGGACCUCAUCCUGGGGGCCAGCAGCUUUCCCACGCUGAUAGAGGCCUUCAAGAAGGUCACGCUGCACUCCAGGAACACCGAUUGUCACACCUUCAUGCAGAACGUGUUUCUUGACUCUCAGCCCCUGGGUAGGGCCACCAUUGAGAGGCUGCGGAACGACUGCAAAAUGGCAGAGACCAAGGAGUAACCGCAGGGACGGGCUUGUGAUUACAGAGCCAGUCUCCACAUCAACUCAUGCGGAGGCUGCAUCCGGAAGUCCUGGCUACGGCCGUUGCCAGCACACGUGUCUAUGCGAAGUUGUCAUAGCCGCUACCCAGAUGCCGUCCAUAGACACGCCUGUUUAAUGCGAGCCACUGGUAAGGGCUUCCAGAUGUAACAAUAACUUGUCCUACAUCACUGGCGAGGGAAUCCUUAGAGUUCAUGCGUCCAUGCUUUUCUUUUGUUUCAACAACCUGAAAAAAUAUACCUACAGGUAAAAUUGACGAGGUAUUACAUUAUGGAGAAUUCAGAUUAUGUUGAUGUGAAUUAACGAAUUCCGUGUACCAGAUUUAAUUCAAAUUUAACUUGCAAAAGGCUUAUAAGUCACAAGCUAUUCAAAUGAACUGCAACAAAAGCAUUCCUUUGUCAUUGUUUACGUUGUGACUUGUGACUGGUGAAUGUCUCAACACUAGUGCCUGAUAAGUGUAUAAUGCCAUUAGCUAUUCCCAGGACACCUGAAAAUUGCCUAACAUCAUGGCAGCUCAUGAACCUGGCUCCCUACUCUACAGUGCAUAAUGAUGUUAUGCAUACAGCUGUGGGUUACCAGUAAUUCCUCAAAUCUGAGUAGGCUGGUGCCAGACAAUCAACCAGACUAAAUGUGCACUCGGUCAGAAUUAGUCAAACUGCGGUUAAGAUAAGAUAAACUUAUUAAAGUCCAAAACUGGAAAAUUACAUUGCUCAUUUAAGCAAACAAUUUCACAAAAUGUAAACAAAAAUAAGAUAAUUUCCAACCCAGUUUAAAAAAGAACGCCCCAAAAAUGAAAACCUAAAAAUUAAAUUUUAAAAAAAUUAGAAAUUAAAUAAUCGUACCAAAAAAAAUGCACACAACAUAAGCACUUCUUAUUUCUGAAGUACUUGUUACCAGAAAACAGUCCAUCAGAUAAAAACGAUCUUUUAAACUUCUCAUUGAAACACUUUAUGGCCCUUCCUGAAAAAAAAAAGAAGGAUAUCGGUUUGUGUGUGCAGCCAGUGAGCUCCGUCUACUGCUGCCUGGAGUAAGCAUAGUCUUUGAUAUGAGCUUGCUCUGAAUUGCUGGUAAAUGUUUGGGAUCAUUUGGCCUGCUGGGCAUUAGUCCAAAGAAGAAAAGACUUGUACUCACUAUACAAGCCAGGAUUUUCACCUCCAGUAAGUGGUUGCCCUAGGAUGUCAGCUUUGGAUUAUACCAAAUGUGUAAAUAGUUGGCUCAAAUCAGAUUUGAAGAAUUAUAUGUUUACUUGUAUUUCAAGAAUUAUUCAUAUGAAACUUGUAUGGCUUUAAUCUUUAACCUAGUAAGCUUAUAAUUUCUUGGUGGUUUUCUGAGAAAUUCUAAAAAAAAAAUUCUGAAAUCUUGUUGGAUAAAUUUGAUGUUGACCUUAACUUAGAGGGUGGAGCUUGGCAUGACGGUUGUUAGGGUGAGAUUCACGACUUGAGUCCAGAGGUUUGGGGGUUGGAAUCCAACUGCAAACCACGGGUCCUGGUGCCCGAGUAUUAAGCCAUUUCAACCCCGCUUGCCUCUCUACCCAGGAGUAUAAAUGGGUACCGUCAUUACAUGUAAUAGGGGACUGGCAUCCUGUUCCGGUGGGGAAUAGAAAUAUUCUUGGUCAUUUUGUACCAAGGAGAUGGGAGACAAACCCUGGCCUGAUGAAACAAAUUGGCUUGAACCAGACUAGAUUUUAGACCUAAACCCUGCCUUCACCUGUCACUUUUCCUCGGAAUCGUCUCAAAUUUGCAGGUCUGACACUGUGCACAUGUAUUCCUCAUACAAAAAGCGAGUUCAACUGUGUUUUGUGUCAUUUGUGAAGUCCCAAAUCCCUCCUGAUCAAGGCGUUAGUUUAGAAGACUCUGUGAAGUAGGCCUUGAGUGUUUAUGAACCAUGAAGCAACAGACCAAAUAUUGACCGAAUUCUUCAAGUUAUGCUCACUGAUAUUUGUUGUGAGAUGUGUAAAACUACCACACAGUACUACUCUACGUUGGGAAUGACUAUUGGGUUGGGAGUUUCAAACCAGAGACGUUAUCCUUGUGUUAUGGUCAAACAACAAAAAACUCAUUUACAAUCGGAAGAGACGUAAAAGCUCUCAACAGAUUACCGUUUUCAUUCCAGAGUUUUAAAUGUGUAUGUUUAGACUACACCGUAGUCCUUAGUUUAGGCGGAAAAGUUGUUCUUUUUUAUGCUUCGGUCUGAAGAAAACUUAUUGUGCAAUUGCGAAUGUGUGUACCCUAUCUAACCUACUCGACAUUAAAGUUCACAAAACAGUAUUUUAUGGGUUUAAUGCUACAAAGCUGCACGUCGUUAAGUUUGUUUAUUGGCAAAGUCUUAAUUUGAUGAAGAUUGCUUUUUGUAGUCUGGUAGUUAUGAAUUUAUAUGUCUGAUGAUGUAGAGUAGAGCUUUAGCAUCGUAAAACAGGUCAGAACAAAUAAUUGUUAAACAAUGGUCACAUUCUUAAUGAUGUCACAAAUUAUGUAAGGUGAACAUGUGGUGAUUUCCUAAACAAAAAGUAGAGAUUUUGUCGACUUACUUAAAUUUUGUAGGACCCUAGACUUGUUCGGAAAAACACUCUAAGAUGGGGAAUGAUCUCAGAAUCCAUGACAACACUUGACUUCCAUCAAGUGUUGUCACGGAUUUUGAGAUAAUUAUUUGCCAAAAGUCUGUUAAGUAGAGGUGUAUUAAUUUGAAACAAAAAGGUUUGUAGAGCAGCUAGGAAAUAUUGAUUAGUACUAAUUUUUGACUCGUGACAAUGAGCCAAGAGCCACACGAAAAACAUCCUUGUCAACUGUAAUCAUGAGCCAAUUUCAUGGAACGGUCGAGUACAGUAGUUGACCGAAACGGGCUUCUGGAGCUACGGCUAUGGCUGUUGUUCGCAUGCUCCCACGUACUUGCAAUGGGCACCUCGAGGAUCUAGCUUGUAGCCCUAGCCACAGGAUGCGGCCCAAGCACGGAAAAACUUGCUAAGCGAUAUCAGGUUACAGGCCAAACCGCCAAGCCAUGAGCAUUGCUUGCGACUAGGUGUCAGAAGAAUUUUGCUUAGUACAUGAAAAUCUGGCUUAUCAAAUUUAUGCUUUUAAGCACCUCUGUCCUCUCCAGUAUAUCAGAAUACAGGCUCUCACACUAGGCAGUCCUGGCCAAAGUACUCGCACCAUUAAGAUCCAGCCACGUUUAUGUAAAAGGAAGAGAAAUGUUACGGUACCAUGAUAUUUUCCACAGUACUGGUGAUUCCUAUUUUGGCCCGGAAAUUUUAAGAAACGUAAUUUUUGUACUUUUGUAAAAAAAAAAAAUAUGUAAAUACUGUACUACUGUUGGACACAAAGCAUAUAUUUAUUUUCAAAAAGAUGUUAUGAGCCCAAAAAUUGGGAAUAAUUGCUCUAUUGCCAGAACAGUAAAUAUUCUAAGUUUACCCAGCGGCACCUCAGCGAAUUUUCAUCUGCUUGUAUUAUUGUUCGUAUUUCAUUGCUGCGUAGGUUGCGACACGAGGGUCACCAUUAUUGAAACAAACUGUCAAGGUGUAUGUGCGCAGUGCAUACCGACAGUUGGUAUGCAGUAGCCGCACAUUCUACCGUGCGCAUAAUGAUCAGCCAUUUUGUUUCCAAAAUCUGAAGCUGGUGUUACUCUAGCAGCUCUGCGUUAGUUGCAUAAACAGCGCCCUCUCAUGAUACUAGCAAGCAGAUUUAAGACAAAACAUCCAGUGCAUAAAAAAAAAAAAUCAGUGUUUUGUGUGCUUGCAAAAUUAUCAUUCCGUACGAUCGUUCUGUAUAAGCCAACAUAACAUUUUUGAUUGAAGGACCAUUUCAGGCAAGGUUGUCCUUGCAUUUCAACGUGAAUCAAAUGUGCCUGCCACUGGCUCAGUUAUGUCAAGAGGGGGCGCUCUGUAAUGGAAGGGCGAAAUGAAACAACACUUUGGGUGAUGCUUGCCACAAUAUGAAUUGAAAAAAACAUAAUCCAAAUGCCAUUAAUAAACUGCAAUAUAAUAGCCGAGGCUUUUACAGCAAAAUGCCAAUAUUCUGAACGUGUAUUUACAUGUAUUAUUUAAUAAAAUGUGCGAUAUGAAUGCCAGUGAAGCUCAGGUUGAUAACGCAUUAGACCCCCCUCCGGAUUCUGGUCAGGGGCUGGCGCCAAAAGUCGUGUGGUGACACAGCUUUUGUAUUUUUGCUCUCACAUUUUUCCCUUGAAAUCAUAUACUUAGUACAUGUGCUUGUACGUAACACUGAAAUAGACAGGCUCCCUCACUAUUUACUGUUUAAAAACGUUUUCAGCUCAUAGAUGUACACGGGACAUAAGACCACCUCGUUUGUGUGAUUCACUAAUGUGAAUGUAUGAUAUAGAAAUGGCAUUCUGAAAGAGUGCCCGAUUGAAUGUAUGGGGGCCAAGAAGUACCCCAUAUAGAAAUGGCAUUCUGAAAGAGUGCCCGAUUGAAUGUAUGGGGGCCAAGAAGUACCCCAUAUAGAAAUGGCAUUCUGAAAGAGUGCCCGAUUGAAUGUAUGGGGGCCAAGAAGUACCCCAUAUAGAAAUGGCAUUCUGAAAGAGUGCCCGAUUGAAUGUAUGGGGGCCAAGAAGUACCCCAUAUAGAAAUGGCAUUCUGAAAGAGUGCCCGAUUAAAUGUAUGGGGGCCAAGAAGUACCCCUUUACUGUACCUAUUACUCAACCGUACCUCAUCUAAAACACGUUCAAAUUAUGCAGGAGCGGGAUUCAAGCAAGUUUGGCAGCCUUUAGACAACGUAUUAUACCAAUUAAAAAACCUUUUUAGUUUGCUGCCAAGCAGGUCUAUGGCAACACACAUGCUGACCAGAAACCGGAGACUUUGGGGGGGCCUUAAAGUGACCCUUUUUCACUUUACAGUAAAACACACUUCAAGGCUACAAAUUUGGGCCUUGAAAUUAAAUAGCCUUUCAAAAUGGUUCUUUUGGAACAGGCAAAAUGUUUGGAACAGGCAAAAUGAAUUUAAAAAGAUAAACAGUGCCUCCUGAAUACUGACCUCGCAUGCGCACACUCAAGUCAGCUUGUCCGAAUUCCCUUAAUUCCUAUUUAGUACCAAUGCCAUGUAAUUGUGGCGAUGAAGGUGGCACAUAAUCCGGGUGUCUAUUGUAAUGUAUUACCAGCAUGUUUCUUAUGGUGACCUUUUGCUUUAAAAGCAUCAUUUAUUAACAGUGACGGGUACUCAGAUCAGUUGAAUUUUGGGAAGUGAAGGUUUAUAGUCUUGAAUUUGUGUGUUCUUUUUUUUUCAUCUAACUUAAAUUUUGCAUAUUGUGUUUGUUCAAUUGACAGAAAAAAAAUUUGGCCCUUUAAAGUUGACAUAAAAUUGUUUAGUGACCUUGAUAAAUUUAAAUUUUAGUUUCCGAAUUUUAUUACACUCCAAAAUUCCAAUAAAUGCAGCAAAAUUCCAAGCACA